GGGGGAGGGGGCAGCGACAGGAGGGGCCUUCCCAUCGCCUCCGGGGCACCCGAAAGAACCCGGAGCCCGGGAUCACCCCCGGGGUGUCCCCCCCUCCUUCCUGAGGGGAAAGGGAGUUCAGCCCAACCCCCGAGCCCCCCCCAACUCGGUACCAUCAUGUCCGGCCGAGGACACAACAAGCUGCCCACCACCGAGCGCAUCGUCAAAGCUGUCCCAUUCCCUCCCACGCAGAGGCUCACUCUGAAGGAGGUGUUUGAGGAUGGGAAGCCAAGGCUGGAUGUCUUGAAGAGCCACUUGGUGAAGGAAGGGCGCUUGGAAGAGGACGCGGCGCUGAAGAUCAUCAACGAUGGGGCUGCCAUCCUCAGGCAUGAGAAGACAAUGAUUGAAGUGGAAGCUCCCAUCACAGUGUGUGGUGACAUUCAUGGGCAGUUUUUUGACCUGAUGAAGUUGUUUGAAGUUGGAGGAUCACCCAAUAACACCCGCUACCUCUUCCUGGGAGACUACGUGGACAGAGGCUACUUCAGUAUAGAGUGUGUGCUGUAUUUAUGGAGUUUAAAGAUAAAUCAUCCCAAAACAUUGUUCCUCCUUCGAGGGAACCAUGAGUGCAGGCACCUCACAGAAUACUUCACCUUCAAGCAGGAAUGUCGAAUCAAGUAUUCAGAGCGAGUGUAUGAUGCGUGCAUGGAUACCUUUGACUGUCUUCCUCUUGCUGCCCUCUUAAACCAGCAAUUUCUCUGUGUCCAUGGAGGACUGUCUCCAGAAAUCACAUGUCUAGAUGACAUUAGGAAGUAAGACAGGUUUAAGGAGCCUCCAGCCUUUGGUCCAAUGUGUGACCUGCUCUUGGUCUGACCAUCAGAGGAUUAUGGCAAUGAGAAAACACUGGAGCAUUUCUCCCACAACACUGUUAGAGGCUGCUCCUAUUUCUACAGUUAUCCUGCAGUUUGUGAAUUUUUGCAGAACAAUAGUUUGUUAUCUGUAAUCCGAGC